AUGGAUAUCGAGAGCCUCGUUGAUCGUCUGACCAGGAGAAAUGCAGUCAUCGCUCGCGUCGUCCGCUGGUACCUACGAUUCCAUCCCACGCGCCCUCACGGCUUCACUAUCAAUGCGUUCAUAGUCGACGGAGUUACGCAGCCAGUGCCGGCACCGUACUUUCCUAUCCUACUGGGUAGCUGGCGUCUCAUGGCCUCUAUCAUGUUCUGCAACUCGGUCGUCGUCUAUGCUCUGAUCUUCUACUUAAUCUAUUCAAGUCCCAGCCUGAUCAUCAUCUUCAUUGCUCUUAUUCAAGUCGUCGCCUUCGUCUUUAGGAAACUCGGGCUAGGGAGUGGAAACUUCACACUCGGAUCACUGCUGUCUAGCAUUGGCCAUUAUGCGGCAAGCUCUACCCCUUCCAAUGACUCAACCACCAUCCGUCGACGGCGCUUCUCUCAGAACUAUCACGAAGCUUGGAGACUGAAGCACCCUGGCAGCUUCAUCUCCGUCUUCAUUGGACGGUCCGACUGCGUCCAAAUUCCGCUUCCAGGUCCUGAUGAACCUGGUAUGGACGACCUUCAGAUGUGGAAACACCUGUCAUUCUUCUAUCGCUUAUCUAGGAUUGAGGGUGGAUUUUCCCAGGUCCUACUUCCGAAGGCGCUCGUCAGAUUUGAGAUUGUAGAGAUCAAAGACAACAUCUAUACGGGACAACGAGAUGCCAUCUUCGACGUCCCCCAACAUAUUUUGAGACUGGUAGAGAAUGGAACUCCAACGACCAUACCGGCUGGUCUUGAUCCACGCAGAGACAUAACGGAGCUGCAACGAGCGUCUGUCUACCGGGAUCUUACCCAAACAGACUCGCCAAAGUGA